AAAUGUCAUUUAAAUAAAAUUUAGGUUAGAGUUUACAUGAUAUACUUUGAGUAUUUAGUAUACGAAAAUAUUUACUAAAUGAUGCAAUGAUAGACAGAUGAUUUCAAAAAAUUGCAUUAUAUAGUAAUAUCACUAAAAAGUCCGGAAGCAACUCCUAAGAGGCGUUAAAAUGUUUCUAAAAAUAUUGCAACAUUCGAAACUCUUGAAUUUGAAACAAAGUGUAACUCGUCAUUAUUGUACGCAUACUAGGAAAAUAAAAUCAGUUGAUGUAAAAAAAAUUGGACCUUUUGGUUGGUUUCUUUUAGUGAUUCCCGCUACAACAUUUUCGUUAGGCGUUUGGCAAAUGCAAAGAAAAAAAUGGAAAGAACAACUUAUAGCAGAUUUACAAGAAAGAACUGCCAGUCAUCCGGUUAAAUUACCAGAGGAUUUGGAUAAUCUAAAGGAUUUGGAAUAUAAAACUAUCCAUGUGAGAGGUGAAUUUCUUCACGAUAAAGAAUUAUACAUUGGACCCCGUUCAGUGUUGGUGAAAGGUGAUGCUUCUACAAAAAGUUCACUCGUAUCCGGAAGUGCAAAUACGACUCAGGGUUAUUUGGUUGUCACUCCAUUCAAGUUGGAGAAUAGAGAUGAUACUAUAUUGAUAAAUAGAGGAUGGGUACCUAAUAAACUAAAAGAUCCAAAAACUAGACAAGAAGGUCAAGUUAAUGGAGUUGUGGAUGUAAUCGGUGUAUUAAGAACUCAUGAACCUAGACCUAAUUUCACCAUGAAAAAUAGAGAAGGAAGUAACAUCUAUUUUUAUAGGGAUUUGAAUCAUAUGACGGCAGUAACUGGAGCUUCGCCAAUUUUCUUAGAUGCUACCAACGAUUUUGAUAUUCCAAAUGGACCUAUCGGAGGACAAACUAGAAUUUCUCUGAGAAAUGAACAUUUGUCAUAUAUUUUGACUUGGUUUAGUUUAUGUGGUGCUACUAGUUUUAUGUGGUAUAAAAAGUUCAUCAAAUAAAUAAAUAAUCGUUAUAUAGUGUUGAAUAAAUUAGAUUAAGAGUUUCUCGGA